AUGCGUCACAUGUCAAAUGAUCGAGCGAAUACACCUGACCAACACUCCGAAUCCCAAGAACCGCCUCAAAAAACCAAAAAACAACCACUUCUCGCAUUUGGAUUGUGGCGUGCGGAUAAUCAAGAGAGAUACGAGAGAAUUUAUCCGAAUAGACUUCCAUUUGAAAUUGUGACAAAAAUGAAAAAUGAGUGGAGACAUCAAACGUCAGCUAAGAUAAAAGAAUCAUAUUAUGCCAAGGAGCAAGAAUUGAGAAGACAAAGAGAAAAUGGGUCUUUGCAAGCGGAGCAACAUAGAAUUGAGGUCUCUCGACGGGAAGCCGAGGUUGUUCAACGAGUAUUUGGGACGGCUCAACGAGAAGUGGAAAGUCCAAAACGAGAUGAAUAUGUGAAACGCCCGCUGAAUCCUUUUAUGAUUUUCUGCAAAAAUCGAAGAGCCGAGUUGGCGAUCAGUGAGCCGGGACUUCAUUGUUCGGAAAUUUGUAAGCGGUUGGGUGCAGAAUGGGCGAAUAUGUCAGCGGAUAAGAAGAAGCCGUUCUAUGAUGAAGCUGGGAAAUUGAAGCAGCAAGUUAAUGAGGAAUUCCAUCUGCAUCCAAACUACAAAUUUCAUCCUCGUAAAAGAACGGCUACUCAAAUGUCGGAAGGCACGUCUUCUUCCUUUGGGCUCCCCGAUUCUCAACUAUCAUCUCCAAUGCGACAACGCUCCUUCAACAUGACAUCACAACCCUCCACGUCUUCUUACGCAUCUUCCAACUUCCAUCCACCCACUCCAAUGCCUCGGGACCACUCAAAUAUGGUUCCACAGCCAAUUUCAGCCCCUAGAGCUCCCUCGACCAUUCCAACUAAUAAUGCUCCACGAGCACAACAGGAUAUAAGUAUUUCUCCACGCAUCGAGUAUCCCAGAACCAGUGGAAGACCAAUUCGAAGAGGUCAGGAGAAUUAUGGAGUCAGAGAUUUGCCAGUUUGGUUUUAA